AUGGCUGCGCUGACUCGCAACAGAUAUGGCGAUAGAACGCCUUUUGUGCUUCCUACGCCGCCGACGCUAACGCCUCUUGGGGCUCAGCAACUGUACGAGGCUGGUAGUAGAAUUCGCCAGCGAUAUCUAACUCCUGACGACAAUGGUUCAACUGAGCCGACUGGAAUUGCCGGCAUUGCAUCUUAUCAGCUUGAAUAUGACCAGCUGACUGUCUUAUCCACCGACGACCAGUAUGUCUUCGCUUCGGCUCUGGCAUUUAUGCAAGGCCUGUACCCGCCUCUGGAGACAUCGUCCAACUAUACCUAUAUUGCCGGUCAAAGUACCAUUCAGAACGGAUCGAACGUCAUGGCGCCACUGAACGGGUACCAGUACCCCGACAUCACCACGGUCUCCACCAACGACCUCAACUCCAUUUGGGUCAGUGGGUCGAACAAUUGUCCCAAUUACCUGGCAUCCACGAAUGAUUACUAUGGCAGUGAGGCGUUCGAGACUAUUCAAAACAGCACCGAGGACUUCUACUCAAGCCUGCAACCAGAUCUGUUGGAUGGAGUCUUCUCAGAUGCAUCCGUGGGCUAUUACGAUGCAUACUACAUCUACGACUACCUCUCCUAUGCUUCAAUCCACAACACAACGGCGGCGCAGCACCUGUCCAUGGAGGAAUUGACAAAAGCCAAGAUUCUUGCCGAUGAUUGGGUUUUUGCGCUGAACGCCGAUGUUGACACUUCUGGAUCUAUUCCGGGGGAUCAUAUUCGAGCAAUAGCAGGUCGUACUCUGGCCACCCGCAUCCUCCAGGCUUUCUAUACAACGAUCAACACUCAGGGCGCUUCGGAUAAGAUGACGCUGCUUUUUGGCAGCUUCGAGCCUAUGGUCGCCUUUGCAGCUUUGGCUGGUCUCGUCUCACCACAGAAUGCGGCCUUCUACAACGUCCCCGAACCAGGUGCUAGCUUUAUAUUCGAGUUGUACUCGCUACAAGCUGAGGAUAUUGACACGUAUCCCGACACGUCAGACAUCUAUGUCCGAUUUUUCUAUCAGAAUGGCACUGAUGCCUACUCCUCUUUGGUCGCAUAUCCUCUAUUCGGCAUGAGCCCCAGUCAGACCCUAAUCAGUCUGGCUGACUUCAUUUCGGGCUUGGAGGGUUUCCUGAUGUUCAAUAUCGACGACUGGUGUACCACCUGUAACAGCUUCAGUGUGUUCUGUCCCGCAUUCACAAAUACCGAUGGGAACUUGGACUCCUCAACUGCGCUCUCUCCCAGCCAUCAUGGACUGUCUCCAGCCGUUGCUGGCGUUAUUGGAGCACUUGUCACUCUUGCAGUAGCCGCUCUCUUAUUCGCGGCAGUGAUGUUGCUCGGUAGGGUCAGAUUCCACCGAGUUCCGAAGCGACGAAGAUCCGACUUGAACGGCUUUAAAGGAGGCAACAAACUGGCGAGCGAUCAAGAUCUUACCAUACCGAAAGGAGGUGCAGGAGCAACCGUCAUUCAUAACGAGGAUCCUGCUUAUCCAGCACCUGUAAGGGGCCACGAACGCGUUGGAAGCUGGGAGCUGAGGGACCAAGCCAAAGCGGAAGAGGCACAGGGCCAAGGGCUGAACACAGUUGCCAGUCGACCAAGGCGGCCCAGCUAUGAAGAGGACGAGAUGCCUAUCAGCCCAUAUACACCCCCAGCGGCACCGCACGAUCAUGUAUGA